CUUUCCGUACAUUGACAGCCGUCCAGCGUGCCUUCCCGGCUUGGAAGUGCAUGCAGGCCGUCCCUUCCUUCUUCUGAAUUCGUUUCCAUUGCUCUUGUCUAUUUCCUGCAUCCCUCCAGCAUGGACACACGACCGUCGCCAACCCCGCCGGCCGCUGCCCGCCCAAAGAACUCCACCUCGCCCUCGACGCCCUCACAAGUCGCCGGGAGCUCGCAGCAACCAGCGACUAUGCCGUCUGGCUCGAAGCCCCCGAGGGGCACCACGCCGGCAGCAAGUCGGUCGGCUAUCAAGCUCACCGAAGGCAAUAAGCCCGCGCGGCCCUCCAGUAAAGACAGCCUGAAGCAGAAGAUGAUGAAGAAGCCAGAGGAAGCUCCAAGGCUGAGCAAGUCAGAAGAGCAACUAAAAGCUUUGAAGUCCGACUUUGACGGCCUCCGCACCCACAUUACUUGCAAAAUCUGUGAUCGACUCCUCUACGAGCCGUACAUUAUAUCAUGUGGGCACACGUACUGCUACAGCUGCCUCUGCACUUGGUUUCUGAACAACAAGGCUCGAAAAACUUGCCCGGACUGCCGAACGGUAGUGACCCACCCACCCGCGCCUGCCUAUGUCAUCCGAGAGAUGACCCUCAUCUUUGUCAACCGCGCAGAGCUCCUUCCCGCGGGAGAAACGCUAGAGCAGCAUGCCAAAUGGCAGAAAGAAGAGGCAGACGCUGUUCAGCAAGACAAAAACAACACAGAUUCGAAGACUGGUGGGCUCUUCAAAGGUUGCUUCCGUUCAAAUCGUCCUACCCCCUCCCUCCGGGUGGUCCGGGAUCAGGAAGACGGUGUUGAUCGGUGCCCAAUGUGCUCUUGGGAACUUGAAGACGGGGAAUGUGGCCAGUGUGGCCUGACUUUCGACGAUAAUGGAGAGUUGACCUGGGGCGAUAGUUUUGGAGGGUUUAGUGACAUGGACGAAACCUCUGAACGAGACAUGUCAGGCGAGGACCUCGACCCUGAUCUCGAUAUGGAAGAUGGUUAUGAUGGCUAUGACGAGCCUAUAGAUGGGUGGCAAGACUACCUGGGAGACGAAGGCCCCUUCAUGAUGCGACGAUUCCUCGAAACCGGAAUUGCGCCCGGAGCAUAUGGACGCCGGCGGCGAUUGACCCACAGCGAAGCAGGCAGCAGACGGUCAUAUAGUCAAAGCAUCGUCUCAGACAUCUACACGGAUGAGAUGGACACAGUGGAGGAAGAGGAUGAAGAAGGCUUAGACGAAGACUCCUCGAUGAAUGACUUCAUUGAGGAUGGUGAGUCUGGGCCAGCUACGUCACGCGCUGCUUCAUCCACGCCUGCAGAGACUCCACAACCAUCGUCUCUUCAGACUGGAUCACAGAGGCGGGCUCGUCGCAUUGUGGAAUCGGAGGCUUCUUCAAGCAUCGGCAGUGUUCCCGAGGAGGAAGAUGAAGAGGAUGAGGGCCCAAUUCGCCCAGGCAGGCGCAACAUCGCACAGACUCGCAUCCUAAAUCGAGCAAAUGGCGUUCGAAGGCCUAUAGCCCCGCCGUCUUCGGCGUCAGAGACAUCGCUUGAUCAAGACCUCGACGAGGAUACGCGCCGCUUGCUCCAAUCAGAAGGUUGGAUGCUCCAACAUGACGGACCAGAUGACGAUAUGGAUGAGGAUGAUGAGGAUGAUGAUAGUGAUGGCGGAAGAACGACCGUUGGGUGGGAUGCGACCGCGAUUUCAAAUGACAGAGUCCGAAGGGGCGGUUCUCUAACACCUACUGCAGAUCGACCACGGCCUAAUGCCCCAAUCCGUCCGCCCUCUCGAGUGGGCAAUACUCGAUUUCCUGACGCAUCGCGCGGCCUACGACGACGAAGCUCGGUCCUCUCCUCAUCAACAGUCAACUAUGAGGACGGGGAAGCCGACGAUGACGAUUCAGAUCUAGAUCAAGAUGGAGAUCUCACAAUGGCAGCAAUGAACUCUCUACGAUAUCGCCGCUCCCGUGCUCAGAUGCGGCAGUCUGCAGCAUUCUCACAUCCUAGCAGUCGGUUCGCAAACCGCGGCCUCUCCCAAGGGGAUGCCAUUGAUCUUGACACUGAUGACAACUCAGAUACUGCUCAACCAACUAGCGGUCGACGUAUGGCACCUCGAACGCGCCGGCAAGAAUACGAUCCCCGAAUUAGUUGGAUGUUCGCCGACCACCAGCGGGCUCUGCAGGAUUAUCAAAGGCCAGGCUCUCUUCUCGAUCAGGAGCCUCGUUCCACAACACCAAUCGCUCGUCCGCGCACUGCAAACAGGAACCGGCCAAGCCCGGCGCAGCCAGUUUCUCCGUUUAUGCCUCCCGUACCUUCUCGAUUGCGUACUCCUCUAAUGAAUAACUCUUCAAACCAUCCAACUUCGCCCUCUGGACAAACAUCUCCACCCAGUCGCGCCGGCAUUUUCCAAAACAUGCACACAACUGCUGGUUUAGAGAGCCCUCUUAGAGUAGAUCGCGCAGCAUCUGUCGCCUCGAAUAGUACUGCUUCGAGUGCCAUUAAUACCCCUUCUUCCAGCAUCACUUCACUGCCAUCUGCCAAUACCAUUUCCCAGGCGCAGGCUAACGCAGCUGUUGAUAUGAUUGACCGGCCCCCAAGCAGGGUUGGCGCGCGGCCCCCGUCCGCAAACGGACGACGAAACUCAACCGGGUUCUCUCCUGUAUAUCCUGGGUUUCCCCAUCCUAACGUGGGGCUCAACAUUGGCGGUCGUAUUUUCCAACCUCCCCGGCUGGGAAACCCCUGGGGCGCUUUUGUCCAACCUGGUGGUGUGAGGACGCGUAGUUCACGAGCGCAGUUGAGGGAGCAAACAUCAACUGCUACGCUAAGGGCUGUCAACUCGCGGGCGAAUAUAAGAGAUGUGGUCAAUCCAUCCCAGGGCAUGAGAUCACCACCAUCUCGAAUCGAUCUGCGAGCCCAGCCGUCACGCCGCCGUUUGAACAAUCAAUCUUCGACUCGCACACUUCGAGCGAGUGAGCAUGCUCGACCUCCCCAGUCACCUACUGCAAAUACGGGGUCUGCUACAUCUCCUGUCGCCCGUCCAGCUAGAUUCACACCAGAUGAGCGGGAUACCCUUGCCCGUGAGCUCAUCAACAACAGGAUGCGUGCGCUUGGGGGGACAUACCAAACACGUCCUACUCCAGUACGCACAAAUCCCUGGCGGCCCAGCACGUCCCCAGAAGCUGUACCUGUAAACGCCGGACCAGUUGCACCUCAGCACAUCAGAAGCAACUCUAAUGAGUCCAUGGCCUCUAUCGGCUCGUCUGGAACCGCCAGCGGUGCUCCUCCCUCCCCAAAUUUAAACCGACGUCGAAGCAGGCGUGACAUAUCAGUUGCUACAGCCUCGGCUUUCCCCAUCUCGCAAGCCACUUUCUCUCCACCAGCAAAUACCUAUACGAACAGCUACCUCCGAACCCGGCAAGGUUCUCUCACAGGAGGCAGUCCAGCCUACGAGUCACCAAUCAACACCAACACUAGGGGGUUGAGCCCUAUGGUCGCUGCUGGAAACAGUGGUCUUCUCUGAAUACAUUUCCCAUAACCACCAUACCCUCUUUCCUUUACCUUUCAUUUUGGAUCUUGGAGUCAUGGCUGAGCAAAUGAUACCGGAUCGCAUAGGCGGCAUUCAUGAAUGUAUACGACCCCUCAUUCUGUUCCCUGUUCUCUGGCAUUCGUGGCAUUAAAAUGGGUGGGGGCAUUUUGUAUGGGCGUUUAUUGUUUUUUGUGGCAUUGCGCUUAUACCAAUUGGCAUGGCUUUCUGGCUGAACGGAAGUACUUUCUGGACGGGCUUGGGAUGGGUGGGUUUUAUUGGGACGGGCAUAUCUUAGGUAGCUUACUUAUAGCCGGUGGUGGCCGUUUCCACUGGAGUUUAGAGGAAUAUAUCAAGUUUCU